AUGUUUGAAGAUAAAUCGGACAUAAGUAAUACUAACGAGUGGUAUCAAAAAGUACGAAUGUGUCGGCAUGUACCACCGCGACGUUUACCGAUCCACGGAUACGAUAAAGCGGAAUGCUACGCGUUAUCAUUACGAAAUGCGCAACUGCCUGGUUUAAAAAUGGACAAGUCAUAUCGUAUUCAUGCCUAUUUCUAUGAUAAACAGCGAAAAUAUUACUUCGGGAAACCGUUUUAUGGGGGAUGGUACCAUUCUGACUCUGAUUCCAUAUCUUUUGCUGAGGUAAUCUUCUUCUGGUGUCCAUUUACCGAUAAUAUCGACACAGUCGUGGAAGUGGUUGAGGGAGAACAGCGAGGAGAAAAUUGGAGUCAUCUAUACACAGCAGCAUGGACUUCGUUAUCGUUGGAAAACACCAAGAAUGCAACUGCCUUCCGCAGACUACCACUAUAUCCAGGAUCGCCGAAAGCGUUAUUUUUCAUGGGUUCUGAAUUGAAAAAGAUAAAUGUUUCUUGGAAAGCAGAUACCAAUCUAGAAAUUUGCUUAGAAACAUAUCAAGGAAUGUACAGUGUAUUGAACUUCAUUCCUGAGUGGUAUAUGUUUGACAAGUGGGAAGAUAUUCCUGGGUUGCGAACAUCAUAUCACGGCGAAUUUCAAGUCGUUCUUCCAGAAGCUCUGGAAUGUCGAACGUUCAUUUUAAGCAAGGUAAAUUUGUCGUUCGGUAUGGAUGUCUACAAAUUUGAACAAAUUCUACUUCAUUUGAUAAAUAAUGACAGACUUUAUCGAGCAAACAGGUCACCUGCAGACAUUAAUAUUAAAAUGAUGGAGGUUCUGGAACGAAGAAUCACGAUUGGAGUUCAUAACGGUCUACGCUAUAUCGAGAAACCGCAGUGUCUACACUUUGGUUCAUCGGAAAAUCAAAUUUGCAGUAUCCCGCAAAUGAAAUUGAAUAAGCUAAUGAACAAAUCAAAUUUAACAUCGGAGUCGCAAAGUUUGUUUAUGAAUGGAAGUGUGAUUUUAAAUAGAAUAAUUCCAGAUCCCCACUUUGCCAUCGUCUUCUCACUGGACUAUCUUGUCGGAGUUUAUUCAUGUGAUGGUACAAUACAUUCAUCGCAGUCAGUGAUGGUCUGCUGGGGUGCUUGGUGUCCCUUCGCUGUAGAUAUUGUUCCUAAUGGUGAGAUUACCGUCCCUUUACUCGGAGGACCAAACAUUAAUCCGGAUGAACGUUUGGCAUUUAAAAACUCACUUGCUUUUCGUUCUGAUUUGCCUUUUUGCAAUCAGUUGCCAAGGAUUCAGAUAGCAUUCAUAUGUUCAGGAUUAGGAAAGGAAAAAGAAAAUUCUGAUGAAAAAAUUCCAUUAAGUGAAGAGCUGAAAUGUGAUACUACUUAUACGAGCGUGAAAAUUUAUGGUUCACCGUUAUUUAGGACAUCAAACAUAUGUCGUACAUCUCUUGCUGUCCUGGCCGACAUUUCAUUCACCCCUAUCAAAGAUCGCAAUGGAAACAAGCCGAAAGUUGUAGACAUCGAAAAUUUCCCGGUAGGUUCAUUGAAUUUUUUGCGAUUCAAAGGUCGAACUGCAGAUAUCAAUGUUGAACUGAACGAUAAACUGCAUACGAAUGAAAUCACUGUGCAAUUUAUGGCCGUUGAAAUCAGCUUAGAAAAUGGUUGCGUCAAGAUACCAACUUCGGUAUUCUUCACAAUUGAAUUUUUUCGUUUCCACACAGUUACAACUGAAAGAUUAUGGCUGGAUACAGUUUAUUCAAAAAUAAAUCUCCACCAACAACUGUUUGUUCUGAAGCGCAGAGGAAACAUCGAGGAGACAGCUAAAGAAUACUGCAAUGGCUUCACUGUAAGAUAUAUGGUUGAUGGAAAUUCAUUUCCAGAUGGGGACGAAGAAGAUUACAUUAACUAUCUAUCAAAUGGCCAUGCGAUUGUUGAUGUAUGGGAUGCCCAGUCUUUGUUACCUCUUGGCAAAUCGUAUAUUCCACUAAAGUUUUUACUGAGACGUGGAUCCGAAGCAAUACAAGUUGAUAUACAAAGUGCGGUAGUGCUCAGCAAUUUUCCUGAACCAUCCAUCAUAACAUGUGAACUAUUACUUCGAUUAGCCAGUGUUGGUCAUCCAUGCUUUAAACAAAUGGAUUCACUACGAAGUCGAACCAAUGCAGUUGUAAGCCGACAGCUGACUCGAAUCGGUGAAAAUGAAAAUGAGUCAUACAAGAUUAGAGCUAAAUCACUGAAUCCAAUCCAUGAAAAUUCGCUGCAACGUUUCCUGGCUGCUCAAAGGUUGGAUAUAGACCAGCGUUAUAAUGAAAUUGUGAACGAUGCAAAAAACCUGGGAACAAAAAAUUUGCCACUCACGACAAAAGGAUCAAUGAAGCGAUAUCUAUUUCAGCAAGAAUUAGAAGCGUACAAAAAACUACGUGAUGAAGAUAAAGCAUCGAAAUUAUUAAAAGUCGUUUUCAAAUCAAUAACUACAGAAUAUCGCAUUUAUCCAAAAUAUGGUCAAGUCAUAUUUUUCGAGUACAUGCUUCAAAAUACUGAACCAUAUCCAGCUGUUAUCGUUGUAGACACUGCUGAGAGCACAUUGAAACCACUUUUUGAUGUGGGAUUAUGGCAAUAUUACAAAAAUAUGUAUGGGAUUGAAACUCCACUUGAAAGGGAUCUUUAUCAAAUAUCAAAAAAGGAUGAACAAAUCACCGAAGUGCACAUUUUCUUGAAACCUAUGGAAACUAUAUGUGCACCGUUUAUUUACGAUGGAUUUGCACUGCCUCAGGAACAAAUCAGAAAUCAAGUUAAAAUAAUAUUCAAAAAGAAAAACGGUGGUGAACCGAUAGCAAUCUUAGACUUAUUGAUUGGAAAUCGUCAUAACAUUAUUUCUAAUUCAUUUCGUUUCUAUCACGAAGCGGAAACAACGCUGUCUAAGAUUAUUCAUAUUACCGGAUAUAAAAAUCGUGUGCUUUCCAUUCGUUGUACAGAUCCCCUUGUACUGACUUCAUUUAAGAACAAUUGCGAUGGCUCUCAGGAUUUACAUUUUUCAUGUCAAACUGGUAAAGCACCAAUGUUGCGAACAUUCACAGUAAUUUUUUUUGCUGACCAGUAUUACAGCAUUGUUCUUGGAGCAUGGUUAAUACACAUUCAUUCGGUGAAUCAAAUCAAUCUAAAUGCUGUUCGAGCACAACUCAUUAAAAUUCCCAUCGUUUUAAAAACUGAUGAUAAAUGCAGUGGCCUGGUUCGUUUCGGAAGCUCUUCAAAAAAUUUUGAGGUUCAUCCAUCAGAUGCAAUUGCAGCGCAAUUUGGUGGCACUUUGAAUGCUGUAGUUCAUUUCCUACCAAAUUUCAUAGGUUUCCGCAUGGUGCUGAUUUCCGCAACUGAUGAACGAACAAAUCAUUUGCUUUAUCAAUGGAUGAUUGCAGUAAAUGUGCAAGAAGCGAACAUCACUAAAAUAUUUGAAGUUUAUUUGCAAAACAACAGGGAUCAAACAAUCGCAUUAACUGUGAAGAAUCGGUACAGUGUGCAACGCUCAUUUCGGAUUUCUUGUUCGCAUCCAGAGUACGUCCGGAUUGAAAAUGAUAUCGUUAUGCUUUCUGGCCAUAAUGCAAUUGAUGUUUCUUUAAUAUUCCUGCUAAAUAAUGGAGUGAAAUUACCUGAGGUGCUUAUAUUUGUUACGAAUGUGGAAAACAAUCUUCAAGAAGAAGCCUAUUCUAUGAAAUUGAUUUAUCAUGAUUAG